GAGCCGCACGCUCACACAGGGCCAGGCGGGGGUGGAGGCAGGAGGCUGUACUCGGGCCUGCACCCAUACAGGUGGUCCUCAUCCUCAGCGGGAACCUGAGCUUCCUGAACUGGCUGACCAUGGUGCCCAGCCUCGCCUGCUUCGAUGACGUGGCGCUGGGCUCCCUGUUUCCCUCCGGGCCACAGGGCCUCAAAGACCGUGUCCUGAGGAUGCAGCGGGAGGGGGCCCGCGGGGCCCGGCCAUGGCCGACUCACGGCUCCAGGGUGCGGCAGCUGGUCAACUUGGCGCUGGGCGCCCUGGUGGCCUGGCUCAGCGUGCCCGUGGUCCUCAACCUGCUGAGCUCCAGGCAGGUCAUGAACACCUCCUUCAGCCCACUCAGGAUUGUCAACACCUACGGGGCCUUCGGAAGCAUCACCAAGGAGCGGACGGAGGUGAUCCUGCAGGGCACGGCCAGCCCCAACGCCAGCGCGCCGGAUGCCGUGUGGGAGGACUACGAGUUCAGAUGCAAGCCCGGCGACCCCUGGAGGCGGCCCUGCCUCAUCUCCCCCUACCACUACCGCCUGGACUGGCUCAUGUGGUUCGCCGCCUUCCAGACCUACGAGCACAACGAGUGGAUCCUCCACCUAGCCGGCAAGCUCCUGGCCAAUGAUGCCGAGGCCCUGUCCCUGCUGGCCCUCAACCCCUUCGAGGGCCGGGCCCCUCCCAGAGUAGUGGAAGAGGAGCGGACGCUGCUCCUCGAAGGAUAGCUGACAUCCCAGCCACAGCACACAAGGCCAGGAAGGGAGGCACCUUUGAGACCUCGGGCCCUCCAAGACCCUCCCCCUGCUUCGUUGCUGGAGAUGAAGCAGCAGGAACUCAGAAACGGCCCAGACACGGCCAAAGAGCCCACAGCCAGAAAGGACUGCCUGGGACCCAGGAGGAGGAAGGACGGCACGGGGCCCACCUGACGGGAAGGGCAGAUGAGGACCUGGAUGUCAGGCCUCCCACCCCACGGUGGAAGUGAGCAGAGCCAAGACCCUGCGCCUCCCACCACAGCGCAUCCGUCCCGGCAACACAGCCUCACCUCCCACGGGGACACAUCCUCACCU